AACCGAAAACCUGAACCGGCAAUCUCGCGCCUGUCAAUCAACCAGAACCGAAACCUGAACCGGCAUCUCGCGCCUGUCACAUCAACCAGAACCGGAAACCUGAACCGGCAUCUCGCGCCUGUCCAAUCACCAGAACCGGAAAUGAACCGGCAUCUCGCGCCUGUCAAUCAACCAGAACCGAAACCUGAACCGGCAUUCUCGCGCACACCUCAACAGAACCGAGAAACCGAAAUCUCGGCGCCUGUCAAUCAACCAGAACCGGAAAACCUGAACCGGCAUCGCGCCUGUCAAUCAAGAACCGGACACCUGAACCGGCAUCGCGCCUGUCAACAACCGAACCGGAAACCUGAACCGGCAUCUCGCGCCUGUCAAUCAACCAGAACCGAAAACCUGAACCGGCAUCUCGCGCCUGUCAAUCAACCAGAACCGAAACCUGAACCGGCAUCUCGCGCCCUGUCAAUCAACCAGAACCGAAAACCUGAACCGGCAUCUCGCGCCUGUCAAUCAACCAGAACCGGACACCUGAACCGGCAUCUCGCGCCUGUCAAUCAACCAGAACCGAAAACCUGA